UGGGAUUGUGAGGUUCCUACCUUUUUGUCAGUAGUAGCUGGGGUGAGUUCCUCGCUUGCAGGCCCAUCUGAGUUUUCUGGACGUACUGUUUGGAUCCUCAAUAAACUGGUGAUCGAUUUAGGGGAAAAGAAGCCUCACCGGAGAGCAGAGGCACAUUCUAGACACGAUUUUGCCUUCCCAUGAACUGCAUAACUCAGGACUCCGCAAAUUUCCAGAAGUUGAAUUAAAAAUGACCACGUUCAAGGAGGCGCUGACAUUCAAAGACGUGGCUGUUGUCUUCACCAAGGAAGAGCUGAGGUUGCUUGACUCUGUGGAGAGGAAGCUGUACCGAGAUGUGAUGAGAGAGAACUUCCGGAACCUUCUCUUAGUGGGGCAUCAAUCAUUCAACCAAGAUACAUUCUACUCCCUCAGGGAAGAACAACUUUGGAUGACAAAGAGAGCAACCCAUAGAGAAGGGAAUUCAGGAGACAAGAUCCAAACUGAGUUGGGGACUAUUCCAGAAGCAGAACUACAUGAGGCGUUAUCCUGCCAGCAAAUCUGGGAACAAAAUGCAAGUGACUUAACGAGGUCUCAAGACACCACAAUAAAUAGCUCUCAGUUCUCCAAACAAGGUGAUGUCCCUUACCACAUUGAGGCAGGGCUAUCUGUUAUUCAUAUAGGACAGAAAACUUACCAGGGUAAUGAGGAUAAACAAUUCUUCAAUGAUGUCUCCAUAUUUGAUCUUCAUCAGCAAUUAUACUCAAGAGAGAAGUCUCACACAUGUGAUGAGUGCGGAAAGAGUUUCCGUUACAGAUCAGUUCUUCUUAUUCAUCAGAGAGUCCACAUGGGAGGCAUGGGACAGAAACUCUAUAAGUGUGACGUGUGUGGUAAGGAAUUUAGUCAGAACUCACAUCUGCAAACUCAUCGGAAAGGCCACAUUCCAGAGAAACCAUUCAAAUGUGAGCAGUGUGGGAAAGUCUUCAGUCGUAGAUCAGGACUUAAUGUUCAUUGCAAAUUACACACAGGGGAGAAACCUUACAAUUGUGAGGAAUGUGGAAGGGCCUUCAUUUAUGCUUCACUACUUCAGGAACAUCAGAGAAUCCAUACUGGAGAGAAACCAUUCAAAUGUGAGAUAUGUGGUAAGAGCUUCCGGGUUAAGUCACGACUUAAUAGGCAUUUCAUGGUUCACACAGGAGAAAAACCAUUUCGGUGUGAUACAUGUGGUAAGAGCUUCUGUGUUAGGUCACUACUUAAGAGGCAUUCCAUGGUUCACACAGGAGAAAAACCAUUCCGAUGUGAUACAUGUGGUAAGAGCUUUCAUCAGAGAUCAGCACUUAAUAGUCAUUGCGUGGUCCACACAGGAGAGAAACCAUUCCAAUGUAGUACAUGUGGUAAGAGCUUUCAUCAGAGAUCAGCACUUAAUAGUCAUUGUGUGGUCCACACAGGAGAGAAACCAUACAAAUGUGAGGAGUGUGAGAAAGGCUUCAUUCGUAGGCAGGAUCUUUUUAAGCAUCAUGUAGUCCACACAGGAGAGAAACCAUACAAAUGUGAAGAGUGUGGAAAAGGCUUCAUUCGCAGGCAAGAUCUAUUUAAGCAUCAUGUGGUCCACACAGGAGAGAAACCAUAUGGUUGUGAAGAAUGUGGGAAGAGCUUCAGAUGGUCCUCAAGUCUAUCAAGACAUCAGCGAGUCCACAGUGGAGAAAAACCAUUUAAAUGUGAAGAAUGUGGAGAGGGAUUUUAUACAAAUUCACAAUGCUAUGCCCAUCAGAGGGCCCACAGUGGAGAAAAGCCAUACAAAUGUGAAGAGUGUGGGAAGGGCUACAAAUGGAGGUUGGAUCUUUACUCUCACCAGAAGGUCCACACAGGUGAGAAACUUUAUAAUUGUAAGGAAUGUGGGAAGAGCUUUAGUAGGGCCUCAGGUCUUUUGAAACAUCACAUAGUCCACACUGGAGAAAAGCCAUAUAAAUGUGAGGAGUGUGAAUGUGGGAAAAGAUUUACUCAGAAUUCACAACUUCAUUCCCAUCAGAGAGUCCACACUGGAGAAAAGCCAUACAAAUGUGAGGAAUGUGGGAAAGGCUUUGGUUGGGCCUCAACUUGUCGAACCCAUCAGAGACGACACAGCAAAGAAACAUCACUGAAAUGUGAGGGUUAUGGGAAGGACUAUGUGCACAGUUCAUACUUUAAAGUCCAAGAUAAAGUUCACAAUGUAGAAAAGCCAUAG